AAAAAACAACAAGUGAAUUUAGAUAAAUUAAUUAUACUUUUAAUAAUAAUUGUGAAAUAAUAUAAUUUAAAAAUUUUUAAUUCUCCCACACGAUUGUUUGAAAUAUUCAACCGCCCUCUUUGCUGAAGAAACUUCGAGUGCGGCGGGCGUUAUUAUUACUACUACUACAAAUACACAAAGCAACGCCUCCCCCACUUCUUACAAGGGGGGAAACCUACGCGCAUGGCAGUGUGGCCCCCGUGGAAUCGUCACCCUCGAUCACGCACGAAUUUCGCGGCCAGAACAAUUCGGCUUUUAUCGCUCGUCCGCUCGAGGCUUUAAGCCUUGCAAUUUUUGUGUUAUUUUGUGCGUGAUUUUUAAAUAAAAACUGUGUUUAUCAAUAUUGAUAUCAAUAAAAUAUUUAAUAUUUUAUUAUUUUAAAUUUUUUAUAAUAUAUAACAAAAGUGAUUAAUAAUUAUAUGACACUUGAUCAAAUUUUUCAUCAUUAAAUUUAUUGGCAUUUUACCUAAUUUUUGUUUUUUUUUUUUCAAUUAAAUCUUAAAAUCAACAAGGUCAUGUGAUAUCAAAGUGAUUAUUAUUAUAAAUAUAAAAGUUAAUUAUCAAGACAGCAUUAAUUAUCAAGUGAUUAUUUAUCAAAAUAAGGAUAUUUUUUAUGUGUUUUAAAUUUAAAAAUUAAAAAAUUGUUUUGUGCAACUUUUUGGAUAACAAUACCCUGGUGCUUGCAAUCGUAAAUAUCGACAAACAAUUUUGGAAUAAUUUUUAGUGUAAUAUUGUGGGUUUAAUAUUUAUAGUGAAAUAAAUUAUCUCUAUUAUCAAUUUUUAUAUAAACAUAUUAUUGAUUAAUUUGAUGACAAAUAAAUUUGUUUAAAAAUCAAAUUAAUUAUUGCGUUUAGAUAGACGAAAAUUUGAUAUUUUUUGUGAAGAAACGGUUUAUUACGUGACAAACACGUUGGAUUCAAGCAUCAAUCAGAGAUCACAUCAUCAACGCUUCAUGUGCCUCUCAACUGAUGAUGGUGCUUUUUAAGAAACCUGCAAUGUGAAACUCGAGCAUACGGGGAUUCUUGUUGUUGGAUACUAGAAUGCGUUGAGAAAAAGGAACAAACCAAUGUCAUUGUCAUCACCGAGAUGUCAGCAGUAACCAGCCCGUAUGGCCCCACGGAUAUGCUCUCCGACUCGGUGUAUAACUACGCAACUUCCCGUCGGGGCACAUCAACAACUGAUCAAGACAGUGGUGAUUCACAACUUGAAGCUCAGACAGAUCAAAUGCACCAUCAAUUGUCUAGUAUGCAAAAACCAAGAAAUAAACGUAAAAAUUUUAAGCCAAUUAGUAGCAGAAUGGCUGAGGUAUCAGAUGAAGAAUCAGGCAGAGAAACACGUGAUGAUGAUUCUGAGACUAUUGAUGACACAACAAACUCAAAUGAUGUUCUUGAGUUUGAGAGAAAGACGAUGAUCAUUCCGCCAAAUGAUGAAACAUCCAAACAAAGACUUAAUAAUAAUGAAGCUAGUCCAAUGGACCUUUCAGUUGCUCCAAGACCCCCAUCAUCAGAUGGCGAUGAAGGUAGCGUCGAUUCUCUCAGACACAAGUUCAUUCUUGAGCAGUUGAGGUCUCAAACCCUCUACUCACCAGGUGUUGAAGCAGGAAGACCAGAAUCAGAAUCAUCGGAAAAAAGUGAAAGUAUCAUAGAUGCCAGUCAACUGGAUAAUAUGAGAUUUGAUGACGAUGAUGAUGAUGAUGAUGACGAUGAUGAUAAUGAUAAUAAUAAUGUUAAUAAUAAUGUUAAUAAUAAUGGUAAUGAUGAUGAUGAUGAUGAUGAUAAUGAUGAUGAUAAUGAUGAUGAUGAUGAUGACGAUAGAAUUCAAGAAGUUGAACCAGAGACUGAAAUUAUGGAACGUAAACCUUUUGAAAAUAUGGCAGAAUAUACACAACCAACAUGGCAAGAACUUUUAGCAAUGUAUGGAUUUACUGGUAGUGAAUUAGCCAAAUCAGCUAGUUUACAAUUACCAGGUACAUUUUUAAAUCCUCAAACUGGUCAACAAAUUAAUAUUAAUCAAAAUAAUCAUAGUCAAUCACACAGUCAUCGAAGUCAAUCAAGUCAACAAAAUCAAAACCAGCCACAUCAGCAAGGAAAAGUCAAGUUGAAGGAAGAAAAGGACACAUCAUCAAUGGCCCCAGGUAGUCCCCCAACGCCGCCUCAUACACCCCAAAGUCCAUGGAGGCAACAGAAUCCUUCGGGUAAUUUAUCCCAGUCAAGUCAAAUCACAAAUGUUAUUUUACCAAGUCUUCCUCAUUCCCUCCAGUCCCUUAACCAGUCACCACUAAGUCAAAUACUUGUACAAAAUCCCGCCCUCGCUCAAUUACUCCAACAAAAUCCAGCAACACUUUUACAAAAUCCACAAUUGGCACAGUUAUUACAGCAAAAUCUACAAGCUCAUAUGGGAAAUGUUUUAUUUUCUCAAGAUACCAAUAGAGAAGAGUCUGAAGAAUCAAAGUUAACUCCGUCAAUAGUCAAUCUUUCGUCUGUCAAAAUGGAAACAACGGAUCCAAAGGUAUCUGUUUUACUAAGACAAUCCAUGUCACCAGGAGCAGAAAAUUUAGUUGGUGGAAAAACAACAAUAUCACAAUCUACUAUUGAUUAUUCGAGAUACGUCAGGCGAUUUUCAUCGAGUCAAGAAUGUGGGAGUCUUAAUUGUAAAGAAAUGGGCUGUAGAGAACAUUUUCAUUGUUUAGAUUGUAGUGGACGUGUAUUUGUAAAAAAAGAAGAAAUGAUUAGACAUUUUAAAUGGCAUAAAAAACGUGAUGAAUCGUUACAACAUGGUUUUAUGAGAUAUUCACCAACUGAUGAUUGUGCUGAACGUCAUCCAAUGCGUAUAUGUCCACACAAUAAAAAACAAACUCAUUAUCAUUGUAUUCAUGACAAUUGUGAUAAAACUUACAUAUCAACAUCAGAUGUACAAAUGCAUGCUAAUUAUCAUAGAAAAGAUUCAGCAAUUAUUCAAGAAGGUUUCCAAAGAUUUAGAGCAACAGAAAGUUGUGCAACAGCCCAUUGUCCAUUUGCUGAUCAACGAACAACUCAUUUUCAUUGUCGAAGAAUGAAUUGUAGAUAUACAUUUAAAAAUAAAGCUGACAUGGAUAAACACAAAUCAUAUCAUAUUAAAGAUGAACAAUUAUCACGUGAUGGUUUUAAAAAAUUUAUGAAAAAUGAAGUGUGUCCAUUUGAUCAGUGUCGUUUUUCACGUGUUUGUAAUCAUAUACAUUGUAUACGACCUCAUUGUAGCUAUGUACUUCACUCAUCUGGACAAUUAUUUUCACAUAAACGUAAGCAUGAAAGACAUGAUUCAGAAAUGGCUUACAGAAAAUAUAAACAAGUUGGUGGUGUUAGACCACCUGGAUGGAGUCCAGAAGAAAUGGGCAGUCAAAGUUUAUCAUUAAGCAUGAAUGGUGAUAGUUUUAAUGAAGAAGCAGGAUCUCCUUCAUUCUAUUCACUUGAAGAUUCAUUUCAAAGUGCUAGUGAUUUAGCAAUGGAUUUGACUGCCUCAACAACAAGUGAACCAUUAGCAAGUGGUAGCUCAACUACCAUGGCAAAUGAUCAAGAAUCACCACAAUCACCACAGCAAUUAACUUCUGCGGAAUUAGUAUACUUAUCAACAGCAUCAGCAGACUGUCCUUGUAAUCAUGGACAAGAGCAUCAUCAUUGUACACUUGAUGGAUGUGGUGCAGCGUUAAGAGAUCCACGUGAAGUACGUGAACAUUUAGCUGAACAUGAAGCACAAGAAAGAGUUACUGAUGCAUAUUUUGAAGAAAGUACCUGUGAAGAUUCUUGUCCUUAUUUUGAUAAAGAAAAACAUUAUCAUUGUAAUUGGGAAAAUUGUAAAGAAGUUAUUUUAGCAACUGAUAAACCAUUUCGAAGAUUACAACAUUAUAAAAUUCAUGAAUACAGUAGGCAGCUAAAUUUAAAUUCUACAACUCAAGUAUUAUCGUCUGACGUAACAUUAACACACUUGACAAAUAUUGAUGCAAUGUUUAGGCGAAAACGUGGUAGACCACCAAAAAAUAGAGUCAUUGAAAUUUGGUCAAGUGAUCAUUCAACAAAUCAUACACAAGACUCACCUCAGGCAAUAUUUACAAGCUUUAAGCUGCCUAAACCAACUCCUAGCUUAACUCCACCCCAUCCAAUGUCCGAUGAGCGAGAUAGAAGUCUUUCACCAACAAACAGUACUGACGAACCUGAUGGUUUUUCCACUUAUAACCCUGAUACCUGUCCUGAUCCGGCUUGCAUCGUUAGGCCAACGCGACAUCAUCACUGUUCCCAACCACGCUGUCACUUCUCCACAGAUAGAGCCGAUCAACUGUUGAUGCACAGCAAGGACUUUCAUGAUAACGUGGACAUCCCGCCUGGUUUUGCUUUUUUCGAUAAGAUGGUGGAUUGUCGAUUACCUGGAUGUCACAGCAAUCGUGUUCAUCGCCAUUACCAUUGUACACGGCCCAACUGUGGUUACUCAUUUGUUCGUUAUUCAACAAUUGUACUUCAUGAAAAACAACAUUUCAAUUCAAGUGAGACCGACUCAACAGCUGUUAUUAAACGUGAGGAUCAAGUUAAACAGGAAUCAAAGCCCAGAAUACAGGUUAAAAAUCCAGCUGAACUCAUUGAAAAACCUGAUAAUAAUCGAGAUGAUAGUCAAUCUCUUAUCAACGUCAAAGAAGAGUUGGUUAGUCCUGAUGUUAAUAAAACGAUGGUGGUGAGGGCAGCAGGCACCUAUUAUCCGGUCAGUGGACCACCGAACGAACCGGCACUUCCGGGCGCCAUGCUAUCCAUGCGAGCUUCCGUGCACCAAGAUACUGCAGUUAUUCCAUCAACAAGUUCAACAUCAUCACAUAUUCUUUAUGGUCCUGAACAAAGUUGCAGCCGUCCGUUUUGUAAACUUAAACGAAAAAAUCAUUAUCAUUGUAAUGCUUGUAAUCAGGCAUUUUCUGAGGUAGAUCGUCUUGUCACACAUGUUGCAAAACAUUCAACAGGUGUUAUACUAACUCAACAACACGAAGCAACUAGCCAAGCUUCUAAUCAAUUGCAGCAUGAUUAUAUUGGCCAAUUUCCUCAGCAAAAACACGACUAUAUCAAUCAAAAUGCUCAGUUGGCACAAAACAUUCAGAGCUUCCAAAAUAUGCAGCAACAGAUGCACCAAACUUUAGGUCAAAUAAAUCAACAGCAACAACAACAGCAUCAACAUUUACAGCAUCACCAACACCAACAACAACAACAACAGCAGCAACAACAGCAAAAGCAGCAACAACAACAACAACAACAAUCUGUUAAAAAUAUGAAGCUUGUGAGUCCUUCAUUUGACUUGCAUGGCACAAAUAAUGUAAAAAAAGAACCAUCCGACCAAAAUCGAGAAGAAAAUAAUCAUCGAAACUCAGAUACAAAUGAAAAUAUUCAGUUAAUUCAUUCUCAAACUCCAUCAAGUGUUUCUCAAUCUGUACCACCAAGUUUUGAAUUAGAUUUGAGUCAUGGUUUUCAUUUUCCAAAUCCAGCAGUAAUGGCUGCAAUGAAUCAACAAAUAGCACUAAUGAAUCAAGCACUUCCACCUUUUUUGCAGCAUGCUGGAAUGUAUGGUGGUGGUCCAGGUUUAAUGUUUGCACCUGGUCUUUCAUCAGCAAAUUAUUUACCACCUGGUAGAGAUGAAAAUCCAUUAGCUUCACUUGCUGCUAAUUUAAAUCUCAAUAAACGAUCUUUAUCACCACCUGAUUGCAAUUCUCCAGAAGCUAAAAAACAAAGACUUCAUCAUUCAAUGCGAAUGCUAAAAGAUGAACCAGUUCCUGAAGGCUAUGUAAGAUUUCGUUUCAAUGAAGAUUGUCGUUAUCCACUUUGUGGUUACAGAGAGCAUCAAACUCAUUUUCAUUGUAUGCGACAAGAUUGUGGCUAUUCAUUUUGUGAUAAAACACGUUUUGUUCAGCAUACAGCUCGUCAUGAAAGGCUUGAUACUCUUAUGGGUGGUGAUUUUCAGCAAUAUCGUGCUAAUGUACCAUGUGGACGUGGACAAUGUGCUUACACGUCAUCUCUAGGUUCAAUGCAAAAUAAAGCAUCUCAUUUUCAUUGUCUCAAAUGUGAUUUUGUUUGCACUGAUACAAAUAAAGUUGUUGCUCAUAGACGACAACAUGCUAAACUUGACAGUAUUGCUGCAGCAGGUUUUCAAAAAUUUACACCAAGUCAACCAUGUGGUGCUGUACAAUGUCAACAUUCAGGCAAACAAACACAUUAUCACUGUCUUCAAUGUCAAUAUGCUGUGCUUGGAUUAGCUCAAAUGUCUGCUCACAAGUAUCGUCAUAUGGAUGGUUAAAUAAAUCGUUUUUGUUGUUAUUAUUUUAAAAUUUUGACAAAAUUAAAAAUAGUAUUUUUAUUUAUUAAAUAAAAUUAUUAUACAAUUUAAUAGUUAAAAUUAUUCAUGCUCAUAUAGCUUAUAACGCCAUCAACAUAAAGACAAACAAUUAGUAUGAAAAGAAAAUUAUUUUAAAUGUGAAUAGUCGAAGUCAUAAAUACUUCUAGAAUUUCGAAUAUCCUUUUGUCAUGAUUCUUGAGAGUAAGAGAGAGAGGAGAUAGCAAAUGACGAAGAGUAGAAUUGUAUAGUAUUUAAAAACACAAAUGCAAAAGACUGUCGGCUGAAAAUCAUAAUGUAUGUGAGAAAUAAGUCUAAAAUAUGAUAAAUGAUGAUUCUUAUGCAGUAAUGCUAUCUAGCUGAUAAAUAUAUAAGCGAUUGAGUACUCGAAAAAAAAAAAUAAUAAUAUUCACUUAUUGGCAUUUCAUUAUGACUAGUCCUUGCACUAUAAAAAAUAAUAUACUGUCAAGUAUAUUUAAUACAUUAAAAGACCAAAAUCAAAUGAAUUAUUGCAAUUGUUUAAAACCGUAAAAAUUAAAUAUAUAUAUAUAAAAUUUAGUAAUCAUAUAAUGUAUAUGUAAAUAUGUAUCAACAAAACUGAAUGAAAGAUUAAAAAUACUAGAUUUUGAUAUUGUAAUUCAGUUUAAUUUACGCAGGUUAAAUGCUCAAACUAAUGGAUGUCCAAAUAUAGCCAAUAUAAACUAUGUCGUUCAUUUAGUUUUUCGGCAAACCUUUGUGUUUAAAAAAAAUAAAAAAUAAUAAUCAUGAUUAAUGUUGGAUGUUUGACUUUACACUUGUCAGCAUUGAAAUAGAUAGAACUUGAAUAAUAAUAUUAACAUAGAGAACUGAUUAUAUAUACUGUCAAUGAAAACUGUUGGUAGGUGCUUUUUAAGUUCUACAUUUUUUUUUUUUUACAUUUUUCUCUAAAUUAAAAUAAAUAGAGCAAGAGUUAAAAUGACUGAGCAUAGUUUUACGAACUGAGUCAAUAAUAACUCAAAAAUUAACAGAAAAAAAUAAAUAUUUAAAAAAUACAAUUACUUAUAAAACCGUGAAAAAAUAAAAUGUAUUAAAAACUGAAAAUAAUUUCAUUUAAAGUGGACUUAACAUUAGUGCCUUAGAAGAAAAAUAAUUAGAUUAUUCAUAAACUUUAUAGAAUUAUAUAGAUUCUUGAUUUUCAUCAUGAAAAAAAGUCGUUUUUUUUUUAACAGUAAUUCUAAAUUAUUUAUCAUGACAAAUGAAUUUCUUCUGUGAAAGCCUAAUUGUGUUUUAGCUUAUGCAGUGCAAAUAAAGCUGUUGAACGAGUAAAUUGAUGUUAUUCCACAAAAUGAAUUUCAAUAAAUUUUAGCCAACAUAGAGUACAACAUUUUUUGCAUAUAUAUUACAUAUAUAUUUCCAAUGUUUUUUGGUUUAUAAUAAAACCAAAAAUUAUUAAUGUCGGCUAGUGGCAGUGUAAAAAGAACAGAAGAAAAAAAACAAAUUUACAAAAAGAUAAACAAAAUCAAUAGAUAAUAUGUUUGUUUCGUAUAUGACUUUUGUGCAGAAAAUUAUCUAGAUUUUUGUCAAUUAUUUUAUUACUGUCGUGAUUACUACUAUUUUAUUUUUUUUCUAAAUAAAGAGUUGUCGCAUACACAAGUACAACGGUGAUUGCCAGGUGGCUAAGGCUUAAUAAGCCACAUGAGUGCCAUACCGCAUGUAAACUCAAUUAUUCUUAAAAAGAUUAUGAAAUAUACUAGAAUUUUAAUAAGAUAAAAUAUUUGUAAAAAAAAUUUUGUGUGCUAAAUAAGACAUAAAUAAUAUGAAAAAUGUUUAAUAAUAAAUAUAAAUAAAUAAUAAAUAAUAAUAAAAAAAAUAAAAAACAAUAAAAGAAAUGUAAAAUUUAAGAGUUGUGAUGAAAAAAAAAAAAAAAUAAUAAAAACAUAUAGUGUUAUAAUAUAUUUAUUUAAAAAAUUUAGGCGUACAGAAAAAGUUUAAGUUAACUAACAAUUGCUAAAAAAGCAUUGAAUAAUAAAAAAAAGAAUUUCAUUUGGGUUGUUAAUGUAAUGUAAUAAUGAAAAGUUAAUAAGAGAAUAUAAUUUUAAUAAUUGAUAAAAAAUUUUUACCCCUUAAAAAAAAAAAAAAACAAUAAAAAACAAAAUCU